CCUCCGCUUCGGAGUCCCCAAAGCAAGCAGAAGUUGCGGUUGCGCCCAUCGGCCUCACAGCUUCCGCUUCUCUAUCGUGGCGGCUUUCCGGGCUUCCCCUUUCUCCGGCGAGCUCAUGGCCCGCGCCCCGCCGGAGGAUCUCCAAUGCGUGGCGAACGGCAACUGUGCCGCCUCGCCGGGGAAGCUCCCGGCCGCCCCGCCGGCGCUUGCGGCCGGGCACGGCGAGCUCCGGUGGCUCCGGCGGUGCGUGGAGGCGGCGGCGAAGGGCUUCGCCAUCGGCGCCGGCCUGAAGGGCGGCCUCGCGCUCUUCUCCGUCCUCGUCCGCCUCCGCAGCCGCCGCUCCCCCAGAUCGAGGAAGGCGGGAGCGAUGACGAACGAGGAGGCCGUGGUGCUGGCGGUGAAAGAGACGGUGAGGUACGGCAUGUUCUUGGGGACAUUUGCCGGCAGCUAUGUCUCUGUCGAUGAGUGCAUCGCCGCCGUCUGGGGACGUAAGAGAACAGCAAGGUGGAGGUCAUUAUUAGCUGGGUUGAUUGCUGGUCCUUCUAUGCUCCUGACAGGGCCAGCAACUCAGCAUACUAGCUUGGCUAUAUACAUUCUCAUGCGUGCUGCUGUACUUGCAUCCCGUUGCGGAAUAAAGAGCAAAAUAUUUGGAAACAUUUGUAAACCUUUGACUUGGUCACAUGGUGAUAUCUUUCUUAUGUGCCUCUCAUCUGCACAAAUUUUGUCCGCAUACAUUCUAAAGCAGGACAGUUUGCCAUCGUCGUAUAAAUCAUUUCUGAACAAGCAUGGUGGAAAGGAUCUUGUUAUUCUGCAAGGUGUGAAGGAAUUAGUCAACCACACUACUUUCACUAACUUAGCAGGUAUCGAGAAGUACUACAAAUCUGUCGGUGUUGACCUAAAGUUAGAUCCAAACAUGAAAGUGCCUUGCUCAAUUGUGCAUGGUAAUCAGUCAUGUUCAGGACAUUUUAUUUCGUUCUUGUUACAAGCGUAUGGGAGAGCACUUCCUGUUUAUGUUCCUGUCUACUUAGUUCCUGCACUUGUAGUUCAUCGUCAGGACCUCAUGAAAAGGCCUUACACAAUCCUAGGGAAGAGUCUUUUCGGAACAGUGAGAUCAAGCUUGUUCCUCUCAGUAUAUUGUGCGUCUGCAUGGGCUUGGACCUGCCUGCUUUUUAGGAUCUUUGAAAGUUGCAAUACCCCUCUUGUUGUACUUGGCACGUUUCCAACAGGUCUGGCAUUGUUUAUCGAGAAGAAGAGCAGGAGAAUUGAGAUAUCCCUGUACUGCCUCGCCAGAGCUAUCGAGAGCUUCUUCACAUGCAUGACCGAUGCAGGACUCUGCCCUCCAAUACUGCAGAUAAAGCGAGCCGACGUAGUUGUGUUCAGUAUGGCUACCUCGGUCAUUAUGCACUGCUAUGCGCAGGAAAGAGAGGUUUUCCGGUCCAAGUACCUGAAUGUGCUCGACUGGGUAUUUGGUGUGCCGCUUCCACCCGACAAUGUCGGUAAGAACUGUUACCAGCCAGAUGAUGAAGCCAAGAAAUGUUGAGUGACAUGCUGGCUUGUAGAUUUCAUUAGAUGUGUUUUUAGAUGAGUGACGUGUGAUCCUAGUGGGAGAGUAGAGACAUUAGAUGGUCUGUAGCUAACACUUACAGUGAGCCUGUACAGGAGGCUCUUCGCUACGACUCCACGAGAGAGAUUUAGUGGGUACAGUAAAGCGUAGAUUUAUUCAAUUGAUUUGUCGGAAUGAUGUCCUGGUCAAUUGUAACUUAUGUUGGGUUAAUCUCGGCUAACCGUUUCCUUAAGAGUAGGGCGACAAUUUUGACCAA